ACAACAACAACCACACAGACUACAACCACACAGAUUACAACCAUCACACAGACUACAACAACCACACACAAACUACAACCACCACUCAGACUACAACCACACAGACCACAACAACCAAAACAACCACUACGCCAUCACCUACACUCCAGCCACUCCUACUCACGAAUACAACACACAUUACACCCGUGCUUCAACGAAAUAACAGCUAUACACGAACACACAACGACACAACAGCCUUUAGGCCGAGCCAUCAAACUUAACAAAAACCCGCAGACAACUCACACCUUUGCAAUAACUCGAACAACUGCACAUUCUCAACAGGAACACCUCGACACGGCUUACACCUCGACCCAAACAAAACUUAUAACAGUAAACCACCACACGCACACAGCAGCAGCAGCAAUACAACGGACCUGUCGCCAUCACAUCGACACGACCUCGCAAUCCUUCACACGUGGAGGUCACUGUAUCAGCCGAGUUUGUGGGCGGCAGGGGUCAGAGGUGUUGGUGGUGGUGGCGUUUGGCGGUGGUUGGUGGUGGCCCCGUGAUGCUGCGAUGCCGCUGCAGGUGAAGUGGCCGUUCCCGCGGGGGGAGCCCGGGGCCGCGUGGCGCGCGGCCAGCAUGGUGGUGAUGGGACUCGUCGGCUCCUACAGCCGCCUGUGGAUGCGAGUGGUGAACCGGCUGGAGGUUCACAACACGGCCGCCCUGAACGAGGCCCUGCAGGAGCGGCCGCCCGGAACUCCGCUCAUCACGCUCGCCAACCACACCUCGUGCAUGGACGACCCUCACCUGUGGGGUGAGCAACUGCCCCGACACCUGUGUGGGUCCCUGAAACUCAAGCAGCUGUGGAACCAAAAGCUGAUGAGGUGGACCCCAGCCGCCUCCGACAUCUGCUUCACCAAGGAGCUGCACUCGCGCUUCUUUAGCCUGGGGAAAUGCGUGCCGGUGUGCCGCGGUGACGGUGUCUAUCAGCACGGCAUGGACUUCCUCGUGGAGAAGCUGAACCGUGGAGACUGGGUCCACAUCUUCCCUGAAGGCAAGGUGAACAUGAGCCAAGACAUGAUCCGGAUUAAAUGGGGUGUCGGCCGCCUCAUAGCGGAAUGUCGGCUCACUCCCAUCAUCCUCCCGCUGUGGCACGUCGGAAUGAACGACGUCCUCCCCAACAAACCCCCGUACGUCCCUCGGCGAGGGCAGGCCUGUGUGUUGCCCGAUCACUGUCGUCUCAGCGGGUCACGGUUCUCGUCGGCAAACCCUUCACUUUGAGAAACCUCCACGAGACUCUGCGCCGCGACAACCACAGCACGGUGGAGGUGCGCAAGGCGUUGACGGACGCGGUGGAACGGGAGCUACGCGCCCUCAAAGACAAGGCCGAGGCCUUGCACAGCGCGCUCAGCACUAGCUAACGGCGCUGCCCUGGCCUAAGGGACAGUCGCCGGUACCACCACCGUGACCUCACGACACACCAGCGGUCAGCCGCCCCCUAAACGCUCGGAAGAAGUUUCCACUACAGCACGAGUACGACAGCGGAAAUAAAUGCCCGCACCUGGCACUUAAUACUCGGCUGCCUUCGUAUCGGCUGUACGCACGGGUGGUACAUGCAGAGUUGCCACCAGUUCCUGUUUUUUCCAGGACCGAGUUCUUAUUUGAGGUAUCGUAUUACCUGGAUUGAGACGCUCCUAAAAGGAGAACACACGUAGGCAAAAAAAAGUUAUAUAAAGCUGGUCACAUAUAUACACCUACCGGAGUAAGACACACCCAAUAAAGUUUAAUUAAUUUCACUAUGCACCCACUGCAUUAUAAUAUGCACCCUCAAACCCUCGCUUGAAAAUAGAGGGAAAGAAAAUGUGCAGCUUAUACUCCAAAGAAUACGGCAGCUGCUGUCCUGGUAAUUAUACCCAGGACAUUAAAAAGUUCCAGUGUUUGUCAGUUGCGCAAUAACAGUAACGCACCCCUCGAGACAAUGCAAUUACACGUACCUCCUCCCCUCUAAUUGCAACUCUGCGGUCUUCUUCCUCGGGAAUGUUCAAAUUGUUUUUUUUUUAAACCUCAGGUGGGAGCCCGAGUCGCACAACGGUCAACUCUUGAUUACAUGGAGUUCCGAGGAGGGGGUGGCCCAGAUUUUUAGAUCGCUGGUAAUGCAAAGCUAGCGUCCAUUCAUCUAUGGAGCCGCGUUCGUGGUUUCGCGCCGGGAAAGGGUGAAGGUGUCGAGCCGCGUCCUCCGUUCUCAUGGCGGCUUCUGACGGUAACCGAUUUUGCCCGUCGUAGCGUUUGCAGGUCAGCGUGGGCACCGCGUCGCCGCCGCCGAGCGAGCGAGCGGCAGCUCUGAACGAAACCGCCGAUGGGCAGCAUUUUUCGUUGACUUUUCCCGCGAGCAUACGCGAGCCGCUGCCCGCGUGUUGGAGAGUUGCCUCUUGCUCCAGUGCUGCCGCUUGGAUUUUUCUUGGCAGGAGUGGGUGGUGGGCGAGGGGGUGGCAGGGUUCUUGGAUUGUGCCGAGUGCCAAUGCCAUUCGCCCAACUACAAGCCCCAUGAAUUGUGUUGUUAGAGGCCCCGCAUCUGAAUAGUUGGAAACCGAAUAGUUGCAAACUAUUCAGAUGCUCUGACCCAGUCCGUUGAGCCUGGGCUGUGUGAUCACAUGCCGUUUCCUAGACUCACAAGUUCCAUAGACAUAUAUACACGCACACACAGUGGAAACGUGAGAGUUAAAAAAACUAACAUUCCCAGACCUUUGCCAACCCACUCCUGAAGGCAUCCCCACCCCACAAUGUAUCAUCGGUCAUGGGGCUUGUUUGACCAUACUUUACCACAUUGGACAUUGUGCGUUGGUGAAACGGCUUGUUGAGGGGGGGGGGGUGGACCCAGGACCCAGGACCGGUUCAGAUAUCGCUUCCCAGGAAUCGAACUCGGCACGCUAACCACUAUAUCCUGCACGACGAUAUAUGGGUAUGGAACUGAUGGCUCCCAUGCGGCGUUCUAAUUGACGCACGAACAAUAUAGUGCAUGUGUGUGUGUGAGUACCAACAGUUGACUGCCUUAACGAGGGAAUGCCUCACUUUAGCGAGCGAUCGCCAAUCAUGCAAUAGUGUUCCUGCAUUGGAAUCCUAUGAUGUAAUAGAAUUCCAAUGCAAGGGACGUGUUCGCACGUCCGUUUCCCUGCACACGGUUGCCUACAACCACCUGGGCAUAGCUGCUGUCCGUCUUGUAUAUACCUCUUUUUUUUCCCCCACUGCACAACCGAGCAAUGCCAAGGGGCAAGGCCGAGCCAGCCCGGCGCCGCUCAGUAGGCACCAGGUUUUUCCCAUUUAAGAAGCUGAACCGUGCCGCCGACUUGGCAACGCGGUGCGUAAUGUCAGCGUCACAUGUUCGGGUGUAGCGAUGCAACAUCACAAAAGUGGUUCACCGAGCCCCUUGGCCCUGCUCGGCCCCGAGCCAGAUUCACGGGUUUUCUUGCGAGGCCAGCAUAGCACGGUUUGGUUCUGGUUUGGCUCGGGGAAAAAAAACAUGUACUGUCAGAGGCCCUGCGCUGGCUUGGCUCGGAUGCACCAGUGGAAAAGGGGUGUUAUUGCUGCCAAGUCAAUGCCGCCGCCGCUGCUGCUGCCGCCGCCGCCACCUGGAAGACGUCCGAGUACCGCCAGCUGCUGUGUCCGUCGGGAUUCUGUGCCUUUCACACCCGAGCCGAGGCACCCAUACCAGGGCGGCUUGCUCGAUGGCGCCCCCUUAGGCCCGCGGCCCUCAGCAUGGCCCCACAAGGUCGCCCGACGGGCGCUGACCUACCACUUUUUUGUGGGGUCGCUGCGGGGAUAACUGCACCCUACACCCGACUGUAACCUGGGGAUUAUUCUGUAAAAUAAUGUGAAAUAAAGUUUGACGACGAAGGCGCACGUCGUGUUUUUGGAAGCGCACA